AUGUCGUCGACCACAAACGAUACACUAACGAUACCUCAAUCUACAGAUAAGAUACUGUCAGGUAUAAGAGUUGAGAGCUCAAUAUCAGAUGAAAGCAACACGGUUGUGAAUACUUCCGAUCAAGAUAUCGAAAAACAAGCAAAGGUGAAUACUUCCGAUCAAGAUAUCGAAAAACAAGCAAAGAGCGGAAGUGACGCUGGUUCAAAUGUACCUCAAGGAGGUGAACAUAGUGUUGAUUUGUCACCAACUGAAUUCAAACUAGUGAUGCUUGGUAUUGCAUUUGGUGUAUUUUUGGCGGCUAUUGAUCAAACAAUCGUUUCUACGGCUUUAGCUAAAAUUGCAUCAGAUUUUAAUGCAUUCAAUCAAAUUUCGUGGGUUGCGACUGCCUAUCUCUUGACAGCGACCGCUUUCCAACCAGUCUACGGUAAAAUUUCGGAUAUUUUUGGACGAAAAGCCACAUUUCUUUUUGCAAUUGUAGUCUUUGAAAUAGGAAGUUUAUUAUGUGGCCUUGCUCCAAACAUCAUUUCUAUGAUUAUAUUUCGUGCAAUCGCCGGUGUUGGUGGUGGUGGUAUUUUCAGUUUGGCAAUGAUUAUCAUUGCGGAUCUUGUUCCGCUCGAAGAAAGCGGUAAAUAUCAAGGACUUAUUGGUGCAGUAUUCGGUAUCGCAUCUUUAGCUGGACCCUUGCUUGGCGGUGCAUUCACUGAUCACGUCACUUGGAGAUGGUGUUUCUAUAUUAAUUUACCAUUCGGAGCAAUCACGAUUGCCACGGUUGUAUUCUUUCUUCGACUUCCAAUGCCAAAAGGAGGACUCUUGGAAAAAUUGAAGAAAAUUGAUUGGUGGGGAACUUUGGUUGUAGUCAUUGCCUCCGUUGCUAUAUUACUUCCAUUAAAUUGGGGUGGUGACAAAUAUGAUUGGGAUAGUGCGGUUAUUAUCGUAUUAUUGGUAGUUGGUGCUCUUCUCUUCACACUGUUUGGUUAUAUUGAAGGUUGGGUUGCUGCUGAGCCAGUUACUCCAGGUCGUCUUUUUAAAGAUCGAGGAGUUCUCGCUUGUUACGGAACUAAUUUCUUCCAGGGUAUGGCCUUCUUUGCAAUGAUAUAUUACAUCCCACUUUAUUUCCAGGUUGUCAAAGGUGAAUCAGCCACUUCUUCAGGAUUGGAACUUUUACCAUAUAUUAUGGGCGUAGUUCUUGCUGCUAUCGUAUCAGGACAACUUAUUGCGCGAACCGAUAAAAUCUCACAACAAAUGAUUUGUAUCGUUGGUGCCAUAUGUGUGACAGUUGGCGUUGCUCUUACUAGUCUCUUAACUGAAGAUUCUAACCGCGGAAAACAAAUUGGAUACAUAUUGGUUCCUGGUGUCGGUGUUGGAUUAAUUAUGCAAACAACUUUACUAUUUGGUCAAUCUGCCGUUGAGUAUGUUGAUGUCGCUUCAAUUACUUCUAUAUUAAACUUUUUCCGAUCAAUUGGAGCUGUGUUUGGAAUCGCCAUUGCUGGAACAAUAUUUAAUAAUCAACUGACCUCUAAUAUAGAAGACCUCAACAUCGAUGUUUCAAUCGCAGCCGUCAAACAAUCUGCGACAUUUGUCUCGCAGCUCCAAGAACCCACGCGAGGACUAGUCAAACACGCAUACGUCGAAGCGCUUGAUUACGCCUUUAAAAUUGUGAUAAUUUUCGGUGGAUUAUGUUUCUUGUGUACAUUAUUUAUUGGGCGAAAUAGAGUGAAGAAGUAUACGGGGUCGGUGAUGGUCUUUGAAUAA